UCCGACUUCAUUCCCGACGAGUUCCGCUCAACACUCGCGCGUCCGGGCGAGGUUGGCUUAUAUCGGGGGUCGAAAAAGAAAUGCGUCCACUCUGGGACGGCGCCCUGUCAGAGAUGUCAGAACUCAGAAAUUGAGGGUUGUAUACUCAGCAGACCAGUAACCAAAACACCCCAAAAUCCGAGAUACAGGUCACAGUCUACAAACCAUCCGUAUGAACGACCGCUUCCUCGGGAUGUGCUCGAGUCACCUGGGCCAAGACCUACUACGGAAGAAGUAGGCUCUACAGACCAAUCUAAUACAUCAAUACCUGGUCCACAUGCAAGCAGGUUGACAGUCGACAGGCAUCUGACCAAUUUGUCAGGAGAUAUCAUAUUAAAGUCCUUGAAUGGAUUCACAGGCAAAUAUCCAGAACUUGCAAUUCUUAACCAUGCGGCUUUCGUCAAAGAAUACCGGUUGUCACCAAUUCCGCCUGAGAGCAAGAUUCUACUUGCAGCCAUCUUGGCAUCGUCUAGGUCUCAAUUCUCUCUACUCAAUCCGCCGUGGGUUGAUUCAUUGCUAGCAAGAGAACACUAUGCCCAUUAUGCGCACGAGAUGCUAUCGGAGUGGUCAUUCAAAGCACCAAAACUUCAAGUUGCACAGGCUCUUUUGAUCAUGAGUCUUUAUGAAUGGGGCUCUCGGGAGUUUCAUCGAGCUUGGAUCUACUGCGGAAUUGCAAUCCGAAUCAUGCAAGCUCUAAACAGUCUAAGAGUUGCCCCUUAUCCUCUUGAUCCGACACCUCCAGGCCAACGAGAUGCCAUCUCAGUUGCAAUUGAGAACAGAACAGUCUGGGCCUGCUUUAUCAUCGAUCGAAUGGUUAGUUCUGGAACCUACAACCCGCCGAUGCUACCCAUGUCAGAAAUGGACAAGCUUAAGAUCAAUCGCCCACUGAGUGCUGUUGAGUUUGCAUUUGGGCCAUCAGAUCUUUCUUCUCAAAAUACGGGCCUUGAUCCUAGUUUUGCGACUGCAAGACAUGGGCAAACUGCGCCCUUGGACAUCACACAAUCUUUUGAAGUUCUUGUGGCUGGUUUCGAUAUCUGGGCCCAUGUAAUGACAUUUAUCUUCAACGAUGGUCGACGCGCACCGGGAAUGUGUGCACCACAAAACUGCCCGUGGGCACUGGAAUCACCAUGGUCCAAAACGAGACGUCACCUUGAAGAAUGGAGAGCCAGUCAACAUCAUAGACUCCAUUAUCCGAAUAACAGCGUCGUGGCUCAUACGACUUUAGGAUGGGGCGAAUCCUUCACUUAUAUCAAUUUGCUAUAUUACACUUCUACCAUCAUGCUCCAUCGUGAGUACUUUCCGUUCUUGCCUACUCGAACAUCGAUUCCCAGAGGACCAGUUGAUCAGCCGACCCUCGAGGCGGAAGCACCUGAAGGCUGGUGGGAUAAAAGUGCUUCUGCCCUUUUUGGUGCGGCAGAAGAGAUUGCCAAAAUUUUGCACGAUGCCUCUGAUUGUGGAUCAGAAAUGCUUAUUCCAUUUGUCGGAUUUUGUGCUUUUUCUGCGGCAUAUAUGAAUCUUUAUGUCUCCCUAUAUCCACAGAUGAAUUUUGGCCGCAGUCCGAAUGCAGAUACCCAUCUAAAGUACUGUCUGGCCUACCUUGAAAAAUUCAGACAUGUGUGGAAGCUCGGUGAAAGUUGGAUUGCAACCAUCAAUCAUGCAACCAUUUUGUAUCAACGAGCGGCGUCGGACAGAUCACGAUACCAAGGAAAGACACGGACAGACUUCAAUGUCUUGCAUCAAUCUUUACAUGAAUUUCGUGUGCCUGAUAGAUCCGAUCAGCAUCUCCAGGAAAUUGAGGGCGCAGAGACACCUUCUCUUCCGUCCAUUCCUGAUUCUAUUCUGGAAUCCGACGUUCGAUCUGAUAUGCUAGAUCUGGACAUGCCCCUCAGCAAUUUACUGAGUGAGGUCAGUACAUAUGCUCACGAGCAAGGCAUGUGGUCACACUGGUGGCCUCCAUUGGAUGAGGUGAACCUUGCACCUCAUGACAUACAGCCAUGA